AUGGAAGGUAAUUUUAAAUAUUCUAAUUAUAAUAUUGAUUAUGCUAUUGAGAGAGCCUCUGAAUUAUCUAUAAAAAAUGAUUCAUUUUCUGGAAUGUCUUCACAAACAGUUACUGGAGAUUGUGUUAUGGUUGAAAAACCAACAACAAUUCUUAUUGAUGGUAAUAGUUUAACUCCUAAAGAUUUAUCCAUGUGUGGUGAUAUUAAUGUUAAGUUAGCAUUAAGUAAAGAAUGUAAAGAAAAGAUUAUUAAAGCAAGAAAAUUUUUAGAAAAAAUUGUUUCCGAAAAUAAGACUGUUUAUGGAAUAACAACUGGUUUUGGAACAUUUAGUAAUGUACAAAUUUCUCCAUCACAAAUUGAAGAAUUACAGGUUAAUUUAAUACGUUCACAUUCAACUGGUUAUGGUAAUCCAUUAUCACCACCACGUGCAAGAAUGUUACUUGCAUUACGUAUUAAUGUUCUUGCAAAGGGUCAUAGUGGUAUUUCAUUAGAAAAUAUUGAAAAAUUAAUUAAAGCAUUUAAUAAUUUUUGUGUAUCAUUUGUUCCACAACAGGGUACUGUAGGAUGUUCAGGAGAUUUAUGUCCAUUAGCACAUUUAGCUUUAGGAAUGUUAGGUGAAGGACAAAUGUGGUCACCAAAAACAGGAUGGGAUAAUGCUUCUACAGUAUUAAAAAAAAAUAAUCUUGAACCUAUAAAAUUAGGACCAAAAGAAGGUUUAGCAUUAAUUAAUGGUACACAAAUGGUAACAUCUUUAGGAGCACUUGCUGUAACAAAAGCUUUUAAUUUAGCUAGACAGGCUGAUAUUAUUGCAGCAUUAUCAUUAGAUGUUUUAAAAGGAACAACACGUGCAUAUGAUUUUGAUGUUCAUAGAGUUAGACCACAUAGAGGCCAAAGUAUUAGUGCUAGAAGAUUACGAUCAUUAUUACAUUCUGAUAAUAAUCCAAGUGAAAUUGCUGAAAGUCAUAGAAAUUGUGGUAAAGUUCAAGAUGCUUAUACAUUAAGAUGUGUACCACAAGUACAUGGUAUUGUUCAUGAUACAAUAUCUUUUGUUAAUGGUAUAAUACAAAUUGAAAUGAAUUCAGCCACCGACAAUCCAUUAAUAUUUGCUGAUAGAGAAGAAAUUAUAUCUGGUGGUAAUUUUCAUGGUGAAUAUCCUGCUAAAGCUCUUGAUUUCUUGGCAAUUUCUGUUCAAGAAUUGGCACAAAUUAGUGAAAGACGUUUAGAAAGACUUGUUAAUAAUGAACUUUCUGGUCUUCCAACAUUUUUAACACCAAAUGGUGGUUUAAAUUCAGGUUUUAUGACAGUUCAACUUUGUGCUGCAUCAUUAGUUUCAGAAAAUAAAGUUUUAUGUCAUCCAGCAUCAGCUGAUUCUAUACCAACAUCAUGUAAUCAAGAAGAUCAUGUUUCUAUGGGAGGAUUUAGUGCUCGAAAAGCAUUGACAGUUGUUGAACAUGUUGAAGCAGUAUUAGCAAUGGAAUUACUUGCUGCCUGCCAAGCAAUGGAAUUUUUAAAACCAUUAAAAAGUACUGAACCAUUACAAAAAGUUUAUGAAUUAGUUAGGACAGUAUCACCACCACUAGAAAAUGAUAGAUAUAUGUAUCCAGAAAUUCAACAUGUCAUAAAAUUAAUAAGAGAAAAUAAAAUAUAUGAAACUGUUGAGGAACGUUUAAUUGAAAUAAGAGAUCUUGAAGAAUUAAAUCCAAAUGCUAUGAGAAAUAAUGCUGGAAGUCCAACAGGAAUAUUUUCAUAA